CAGCGCUCACUAACCCCCUCGUCCCCUAGCUCUCAUCUCCUAUAUAAGUCCACCGCACCUCAACUUCUUCUUCACCCUCUUCUCAUCUCUCGAUCUCUCCCAUAUAUAUAGCAGUCAAGCUGCGCUUCCUAAGCUUUGCCCUUUUUAUCUCCAGAUUAGUUCAUUAUUUCUUGCCGUUGAUCACCCCCUUUCUGUCUCUCCUAUACACAGAUCAUUCACUUAAAAUCUUAACCAUAGCAAAUUUUCUGCCUUACUAAGGAUAGUAGCUUACAUCCAUCAUGUCGCCUGCAAUGAUAAAUUUGGCAGUUGAAAGCGAAACCAAAGGUGGAGAUGAUUCGAUAGAAAUCGAAUUCCAAAAAGGAGUGAAACAUUUAUGCGAUAAAGGAAUAACAGGAGUUCCAAGCAAGUACAUAUUGCCGGUCCCUGACCAACCAAAGUCAUCGAACGGAACUUGGAGUGUUAGUAACCGGAAUUUAAAGUUGCCAGUUAUUGAUUUUGCAGAGUUGCAAGGCUCCAGUAGAUCUCACGCUGUCAAUUCCCUCAGAAAAGCCUGCGAAGAAUUCGGGUUUUUUCAUUUAGUAAACCACGACAUUCCAAGGGAUUUGAUUGAAAAUAUGAUUGACGUUAGUAAAAGGUUCUUUGACCUCCCAUUCGAGGAGAGAUCCAAGUACAUGUCAACUGAGAUGCGUUCACCGGUCAGGUAUGGGACUAGUUUUAACCAGAAUAAAGACGAAGUCUUUUGUUGGAGAGACCUCUUAAAGCUAAGCUGCAAUCCCUUGUCCGACGUUCUUCCCUUUUGGCCUUCUUCUCCUGCGGACCUAAGGCCAGCGGUGGUUAACUACUCAAAGAACACUAAAUUAUUGUAUCUGAUGCUAACGGAGGCCAUCCUAGAGAGCCUAGGAAUAUUGGUGGAUUCAAAGAAAAAUGAGAACGAAAAUGAUGGGUUAAGAGAAUUCGAAAACGGGAGCCAACUCAUUGUGUUGAAUUGCUACCCAAAAUGCCCUGAACCCGAUUUGACAUUAGGCAUGCAUCCCCAUUCGGACUAUGGCUUCCUAACACUGCUUCUCCAGGAUGAAGUUGAGGGUCUCCAGAUACAACAUGAAGGAAGAUGGGUAACAGUGGAACCCCUCCCUGGUUCAUUUGUUGUCAACGUCGGUGACCAUCUUGAGAUAUUUAGCAAUGGUCGAUACAGUAGCGUACUUCAUCGGGUUCUUGUCAAUUCCGCGAAAACUCGAAUCUCUGUUGCUUCAUUGCAUAGCCUGCCAUUCGAAAGCACGGUUCAGCCAUCACCAAAACUAAUAGAUGAAGCCAAUCCGAGGCGUUACAAGGAUACAAACUUUGCCAGUUUUCUUGACUAUAUGUCUUCCCGUGAACACAAGAAAAAGAGUUUCCUUGAGUCUAGGAAAUUGACUUGAUCGAUCGAGCUAGAGCUACCCAGGCAUGCAACUAUAUAGCUAAUCAAUCGAAUAAGAGCAUGCAUAUAUAUAUAUAUAUAUAUAUAUUUCAGAAGCACUUUUUUUUUUUUUUUAACUUUUGAAUUAACAUAUAAUAUAUUAAUAUAAGAUUAAUUGAUCAGGAAAGAAUUACUGGCAUUAAUAUUCUAGAUUACUAUUAAAUUUUGAAUAUCAUGGUACGAUAAAUUAAGCAUAUUAUAUUAUAUAAAUUUAUGAUCCAGUUCGCAAGAUCAUAAAUCAAACAAAAAAAAAAAAAAAACCUUAUGAAUUGUACUAUUUUCUUCAUAUUUGACCGACCGAAUUCAUCAAGUCAAAAA